GAAGGGGAAAUCAGAAUUGGCCCCAUCGGCAACCUCAACACAGAAAUACACCCUUUUUUUUAUUUAAAUAGAAGCUACAGAAAACUGGGACUCCACACACGCACAUACAGGAGGAUCUGCAGCCUGCGCUCGGUUGCGGUGCGUGCUGCUGUGCGUGCGUGCGUGCUGGAUGUUUGAGCUCGGAUCUUUGCGUACAUUCAGAGGGGAAACCGGGUGAAGAAGAAGAAGAAGAGGGAGAAGAGGAGGAAAAAAAAGGAGAAAGGACAAUGCUGUUUUAUAUCGUCUUUGACAAAUGAGGCGUCAGUCAUAGGGGAUGCCGCAUAGAUUUGACAAUAAUCACCGGUACUAUUUCGAUUAUUGCUAUCGGUAUUUCGGAUCCAGCCCUUGUCCCGGCAUCUCACCCUUGGCAGAGGCUAUUUCAGGGAUACAUUCCAGCUUACUGUACAUUGUCUUCUAAUAUUACAAGGAUCUGCUGUGGGUGCGGGCCGCUGUGGAGGCUUCCAUCCUUUUUACGCACGGUGUUUGUUCGUUUCCUCCGGAUGCCUUUGACUGAAUACUCCCUGGAUGUGUGACCGACUAAUGUUUUAUUUGGCCGCCGCAUGAAUUCACCCACCGGAUCCUCGUCGGUGUACGCUGCUGUCCUCCUCCUCCUCCUCCUUCUCCUCCACCUCCUCCUCCUCCUGCUGCUGCCGUUUCUCUCAGAGGGCACUACCCUCCCUGCCGCUAAAGACAUUUUGAUCGUCCUCCCUAGUUCCCCCAUCACUCCGCCUGCCUCCUCCUCCACCACCUCCACCUCAUCCUCCACCACCACCUCCUCCUCCUCCGUAACAUGUCGGGACAGUCUUUGACGGACCGGAUCGCCGCCGCGCAGCACAGCAUGACCGGGUCUGCCAUCAGCAAAGCCGUCUGCAAGGCCACGACGCAUGAAGUCAGCGGACCCAAGAAGAAACACCUUGACUACCUGAUCCACUGCACCAAUGAGCUGAACGUCAGCAUCCCCCAUCUGGCAGACACACUCCUGGAGCGAACGGCUACCAACAGCUGGAUUGUGGUUUUCAAAGCCCUCAUCACCACACACCACCUCAUGAUGUACGGCAACGAGAGAUUGAUGCAGUACCUAGCCUCCAGAAACACGCUCUUCAACCUCAACAACUUUCUAGAUAAGGCUGCACUACAAGGAUAUAACAUGUCAACCUUCAUCAGACGCUACAGCCGCUACCUGAAUGAAAAAGCCAUGUCAUACAGAUUAGCAGCCGUGGACUUCACCAAGAUGAAGAGAGGGGCUGAUGGCGUAAUGCGCACUAUGAACACAGAGAAGCUGAUUAAGACUCUGCCCAUCAUUCAGACCCAGCUGGAUGCACUGCUGGAUUUCCAGCCGAAUUCCAACGAGCUGACCAACGGAGUGAUCAACACAGCUUUCAUGUUGCUGUUUAAAGACUCCAUACGGUUGUUUGCAGCUUACAACGAAGGGGUCAUCAACAUGCUGGAGAAAUACUUUGACAUGAAGAAGAACCAGUGCAAAGAAGCGUUGGAGAUCUACAAGACGUUCCUCAACAGGAUGACCAAACUAUCCGAGUUCCUCAAAGUUGCAGAGCGAGUUGGGAUAGAUCAGGGCGACAGCCCCGAUCUCACACAGGCUCCCAGUUCUCUGUUGGAGGCUCUGGAGCAGCAUCUGGCCUCUCUGGAGGGCAGGAAACUCAAGGAACUCUCCACCGCCAGCAGAUCCAGCACCCUGUCCAGUGCAGUGUCCUCUCUCUCCAGCACUGGGAUCUCACUCAGCCGGAUGGAUGACAAGGCAGAGGACAAUAGACUGCAGCAACACAAGGAGGACGGUCCUAAGGUGAUAGACAUUCAGACGCCCAAUGUGUCACCCAGCACCCAGUCAGUGGGCAGUGCCAACAGCAGUGGAGGAGCCACGGACCUCUUCUCUAACUCACCCAUCGUACCCGUCAACAACCAUGUGCCAAACCUGACCAGUGAGCUGUUCACCCUGCAGCCUAACUUCACCCCCAUCCAGACCACACACACUGUGCCCAACAAUAACAAUGCCUGGGGAGGUGAUCUGUUGAAACCAGCCCCGCCCACUCAAAUUCACAGCCCUGGAGCCCCGUUGCACUCUGGGAAAAUGCUGCCCAAUGAUUUGGACUCUUCAUUAGCCAACCUUGUUGGCAACCUGCAGUUUGGGGGAACACCAGCCAAAAAGCCAGAGCUCCAGUGGAGUCAGCUGGUAGAGAAGAAGCCGACAGGAGGAAGCGGCUGGCAGUCAAAGACUAUGUGCACCAGCACUAACUGGACUCAUAGUACACAUCCCAUGGCACCUGCACCCAUGCCCGUCCCACAGAUGAACGGGAUGAUCUAUACUGGCUAUGCUCCAGCACCAGUGGCUUUUCCUAUGACGACACCCCAAGUGCCUGUGUAUGGAAUGCUCCCUCCUCAGAUGGGUCAUCAGAUGGGAGGUGUUCCCAUGAUGCCCCCUCAGCCUGUCAUGUACAACCAGCCUGUCCUGAGACCCACCAAUCCUUUUGGACCCAUCCCGGGAACACAGAUGCACUUCAUGUAGGGAUGAUAUUGUAACCAUGGCAGCAAAGCUGAGAGAGAGAGAGAGAUAAAGAGAGAGAGAAGGCAAGAGACGGAGAGAAAGAGUCGAAGAAAACAAAUCCAGAACCAAAUCACAAAGCAGGAGCAAGAGGAAGAAAGAAAGAAGAGGAUGGAGAAGCAGUGAAAGAAAGAGCAAAAGAAAGAGGGAGGGAGGGGAGAGGAAGGAGGAGAGAGGACUACAGGACGGAUAAGAGAUGAAAUGCUGAUCUCUAAUCUCCUCUCCUCUCUCCAUGUGACUACCAAAACCCUCUGUCUCUGAAUCUAUAAUACCGGGACACAAGAGGCUCUGCAUCAAUCCCACUCAUCCUGUUUGAUUUGCCGUUUUCUGAAUGAGUAAAGUGCUGUCCGUUUAAAUCGACAAUUACUCCCUGUAAUGAUGCUACGAAGGCUGACAGCUCUAUCAGUGCAGAAGCUUCACGGCCAUUUCUUCUAACUUCCUUGUCAUGACAAUUUCCUGUAUAAAAACAGCUCUCCUAACUCUGCCACUACCCCUCUCCUGCCCAUCACUGAAUCAGACUCGGAGGACACACAUCUCUUUCUCAGAUUGGAUCGUUUGCUGGCACUUUACUCUGUGUGAACUUUGCCAAGGGUGUAUGUCUGUGUAGGUGAUUUUAGCAUCUUGUUCAGAUCGGUUUCCUGGUUGUGUGUGUUGUCCGUCACCUGAUGUCAGAAGUAAUUGAUUUGUAUGCGCGUGUGUGCGUGAUCCAUUUUUCUACAUUUCAGCGUGCUGCAUCGACCUUACUCUUUAAGUCCUUUAUGAGCUGUUUGUUCUUAAUUGCCAACUACACAUGAAGAAGUCGAUGUGGAGCGCUAAUAUGUGGGCAUGUUUGUGUGGGUGUGGAUGGACGUAGCUGUAUAGGGUACAUACUGUAUGUAUUUCUCUUUUGGUACCUGAUGUCAUUACUGUGUUGCCAGGUACCAACGUGUUAAUGCACUGGAACUACUUAUGAAAGCACUGAGCCAGACCCAGGCAUCGCAUUUGGAUGUAUACAAACCUCUUACACUAACAUGCUGUACACACUGUGUAUUUCGUUUUCUCCUCCUCUACAGCUGUGCAAUAUCAUGCAAUCUAGUUAACUGUCUUUUCCACUCAUCAGUAGACUUUUUAGAAGUGGUUUCCUGCUGUAGUGUUUGUCCACAUCAGGAGUCUGUACAGUUUUAGUUUUGUUUGUUUUAUAAACGUGUUUUAACUCCUUUUGUUUACCCACACUGCUCUAAAAGUAGACAAAAAUGCACUGAGAGCCAGACAGAGAGGGGACUUCAUAUGAGUAUGUAGGUGAUUCUCAGUCUUUGCAAUCAGAAACUCCCAAAAAUAUGAUGUCCUCCCUGUUCUGAGCAUUAGUCCUGUUCAAAAUUAGCCCCCCCCUCCCCUUUAAAUGCCAGAAAAACCUGGGCGAGGUUAACUAUAGGAGCCAGAGGAAAAAGAUUUGUUUCUGUAGUGUUAACAUUUAUGGACAGGGGAGAUAAAGGUCAAUUGGAGGAGUCAACUAAGGCCGUACAAAAGCAACUGAGUGUAAUGUCUGUCGAUCACGACCCUGCCUGCAGUGACGACGCAGAUUAAUUCAGACAGCCAGAGACGUGAGGCUUUAAUGAGACGUUAAAUGUUAAUGUGGCUUUUCUGGCAAAUCCAAGGUCGAGUUAGACCCACAGACAGACGGUAUAAAUAGCACAAACCUUCAAAGAGGGGACAAUGCUCUGCUGCACAAAACCUAAAAUCAUUGCUGGGAUGUACAGUUGAAAGGGGCAAUAAUCGACUGGGGAUGAAGUUGUUUUCUAUUGACUGUGUCUGUUUUAUGUACAUGUACUGUAUGUGUGUUUGUGUGCACAUGCCUUCCCAUAGAUAAACAGGGUCAUGUUCUUCGGUGAAGAGAUUGAAAGGUCUCCAAAGCGAGCUGGUAGCGUGCCCUAACUUUAGCAGUGGGUGUUUUUGUGACCGUGUCCAAGUCUGUACUACAUGACAUCGAUUCAAGGUGGCUCUAGGAUCACUCAUCUGCUGACAAAUGCAAAAAGUUCCUUAAGUUCACUGGAUGCUGGAAUCUCUGAAGUGAAUCUACGGCAAACCUCUCCAGAACAGCUGGAGCUGCACACGCUGAUGAUUCCUGUUGAGUACGUGUUGGUGGGAGACCUUUUAGGAUUCGCUCUUGGACUGUAACUGCUGGCUACGCAAAAAAAA